AUGGCUUUCCGAAACCCCAUGACCCAGCUCACCAAAAGAGCAACCCAAUCGAGCAUCUCUAAGUUCACGAGCAAUUCGACAUCUCCAAUAUGGCAACGAGGAGGCGCGAAUCAAGUCCGCUCACUUGCGACGAUGGCGCCACCUGUUACCCAAGAUGGAACUAGUUCCAAAGGCCCGACGGCAAUAGUGUUCAUGAACAUGGGAGGACCGCAGACAACGGAUGAAGUUGGCGAUUUCUUGAGCAGGCUCUUUGCGGAUGCAGACUUGAUUCCACUCGGGCGAUUUCAAAGCUACCUUGGCCCUCUCAUCUCCAAGCGAAGAACCCCCAAGAUCCAAAAGCAAUAUGCGGCAAUCGGUGGUGGCUCCCCAAUUCGCAAGUGGUCGGAGUACCAAGCGGCGGAGAUGUGCAAGAUACUGGACAAGAUGUCGCCGGAGACUGCCCCACACAAACCAUACGUUGCUUUUCGCUAUGCCAAUCCGUUAACUGAGGAGAUGUAUAAUAAAUUAUUGGCGGAUGGAUUUGGGAAUGGAAAGGGAGGGAGGGCCGUGGCCUUCACCCAAUAUCCGCAGUACAGUUGCUCAACGACCGGAAGCAGCUUGAAUGAGCUGUGGAAAAUCAGGCAAAAGCUGGAGGGGAAGUCUGCGAACUUCAGUAAUGACGGAUCCAUAAAUUGGAGUGUCAUUGAUAGGUGGCCGGCCCACCCAGGGCUUGUUGAUGCUAUUGCGCUCAAUGUCGAGGAAUCGCUGGCUUCUUACCCGGAGGACCAAAGAGACAGCGUCGUGCUUCUCUUCUCCGCCCACAGCUUGCCCAUGGAUGUUGUGAACCGAGGUGACCCGUAUCCUGCCGAGGUCGCUGCCACAGUUCACGCUGUCAUGCAGAGACUCGGCCACUCGAACCCAUACCGCCUGGUCUGGCAAUCUCAGGUCGGCCCCAAAGCUUGGUUGGGGGCCCAGACCAGCGAUACGGUAGAGAACUAUAUCAAGAAGGGGCAAAAGAACAUGAUUCUUAUCCCCGUUGCAUUCACAUCCGACCACAUCGAGACGCUCUACGAGCUCGAUGAAGAAGUUAUUGGCGAGUCAGGUCACCAGGAUACGAUCAAGCGAUGUGAGAGUUUGAACGGCUCACCGGUAUUCAUUCAAGCUUUAGCAGAUAUCGCGAAGAAGCAUCUGGACAGCGGGGAGAUCUGCAGUAAGCAGAUGGGCCUGAGAUGCCCCGCAUGUACGAAUGCCAAGUGCGGCGCAAGCAAAGAAUUCUUUGCUGGACCAGGGCAAGGAAGGACGAGAUUCGCUACGGCUACAUAG